UCUCUCACUUACCUUUAAUUCAAACUUCGAACUUUCAACACCUCUCUCUCUCUCUCUAUCUCUCUCUCUCUAGGUUGAUGGCUCUUCUGGGCACAGUUUUUACCGCCUAGUCUUUCAUGUUUCAAAAAAAGUUGUCACUUUUUAACACCAAAACCCAACUUGUUGAGCUCAAAAAACCAUCCUUUACCAUUUUCUAGCAAAUGGGUUAUUUUCUGUAGUCCCCCAAAAUAUUCAAAAGGAGAGGUCUUUCGUGGAGUUCUUCUUCCAUUUCAGAUGCUACUCAGAUCACAAAAGAGAGUGUUAGUGUUAGUGUUAGCUCAGCAACUGGCAUUGUUUUGCUGGAAUCUGCAAGAACACAACCCUUCGACUUACUAGUCCUUAUAUCUCUUUUCUCCAGCCAAUCUUCUAAGCGCAACAAAUGCUGCGAUCAAGGGGCUGUGAAAUGGUUCAAAGGCCGUCUCCUCGAGGCUCACAUCAGCUCAGGACAUCAAGCUCUGAUUCAGAUCCACUCCAUCAUCGACCAAUAACUGACCGAAGUCCAAAGCUAGGAGUGGAUCGCCGUUCCCCAAGAGGUACACAAUCUGAUCCACUAAACCAAAAGAAAAUUGGAACGCGCCUUGCUGAUUUGGAAACUCAGCUUGGGCAAGCACAAGAAGAGCUAAGGAUACUGAAAGAGCAGUUGGCUUCAGCCGAGGCUGCAAAGAAAGAAGCACAAGAGAAACUGGAAAAGAAAAUUAAGAAACGAGUUGUGACUUCUGAGCCAGCGAAGAUCCAAAAAACGCAUCCUACAUUGGAAAUUCAAGAUUCUAACAAAACGGACAGUUGUUCCUCUGAUGAAGUUCCAGUUGACAUCCAAAAGGAAACUGAUGUUUUUGAAGUCCCAGUAGAAAAAGUUACAGUUGAGCCGAUGGUUGAAGCUAGUGAGACUGAUCAGGUGGAAGAUGAAACCAAACAAGCUGAUAAAUCAGAUGAACCAACAUCGAUUUUGGAAGCAGAGAAACUUUCAGCCUUACGUGACCUAGCUUUGAAGAAUGAUGAGAUAAACAUGCUAAGAGUUGAGUUGGAAGAGAAGGCAAAGCAGUUAGAAGUGUCUGGUGAAGAAAGUCAGGGUGUAAAGAAUCAGCUAAACGAAGCGGCAUUAAAUAUUUUAUCUGCCCAAGAAAAGGAGAAGGAAAUGUCCUUGAAGUUAAGUCAGCUUGAAGAAGAGCUGGAAGUAAGUAAGGGAAAUGCAGGUCAGUUGAACGAGAAGCUACAAGCAACGGAAAGAGCAAAGGAAGCACUGGAAGCGGAGAUGAAGAAGAUGAGAGUGCAGACAGAGCAGUGGAGAAAGGCAGCAGAUGCUGCUGCUGCUGUACUUGCCGGGGGUGUGGAGAUGAAUGGCAGAGUAAUUGAGCCAUCAACUGGUGGCUACACCGGCUUUGUGGGGUCACCAGCUGAUGACUUGGACGAUGGAUUCGGUAGUUGUAAAAGAAAGGGCUCCGGCAAAAAAAAGUUCGGCGACUUGUGGAAAAAGAAAGGCCAGAGAUAGAGUUCUUUUUUUUUGUCUCUCUCGCCCACACUCGUGUUUAACUUUGAAAAUUUUUCCGUUGAUGUGUGAUAGUGGCAAAACAGUUUCUUACUGUUUCAGAUUCGGUAGGCAGUGCGUUUUGGAUCCGCCGUCGUAGUAGGCAUUGUUUUCCUAGUAAUUUCAGAGUCUUGUAGAAUUGUUUAAAUGAUCUCGACAUGUUUUAUUUCAGUUUAUGAGUAGGGCCUUAUUUCCUG